GAUCCUCGAUUGCCGUCCCUAGUUUGUGGGGUGCCUUUUUUUUGCCGGUUUAUCCUCGUAUCAGCAUAUGAAUAGAGACAACCGAAGCAGAGGAAACAGGACACAACUGCCUGCAGCAAUGGGUUCUCCUCAUGCCAUCAUCAUACCUUAUCCGGUGCAAGGCCAUGUCAUUCCUCUAAUAGCUCUCUCCCACUCCUUGGUUGCCCAUGGCUUCAAGAUCACAUUCAUCAAUUCCGAGUUCAACCAUGAGCGCGUUGUUGCUUCCUUGUCCCAGAACGGUGGUGAUGGAUUGGAAGGGAUACACAUGGUUUCCUUUCCGGAUGGAUUGGCACCUGGUGAAGACCGUAAUGAUAUCCGAAGGGUGACUGAAGGCUUCUUAAGGGUCAUGCCUCGGUGUUUGGAGGAGCUCAUAGAACGGAUGAACACAUCAGGAGGUGACCAGGUUACAUGGGUCAUCGCCGAUGGGAACAUGGGAUGGGCUCUCGAGGUGGCGCAAAAGAUGGGCAUCCGGUCGGCUGCCUUUUGGCCUGCGUCUACCGCACUGCUUGCAAUAUUUCUGAGCAUUCCCAAGAUGAUCCAGGAUGGUAUCAUUGAUGCCAAAGGAAUGCCAGAAAGGAGUGAGACUUUCCAGCUGAGACCUGGCAUGCCAUCUGUGAACACAAGCCAACUUUCAUGGAAUUGUGCCGGUGAUCUCGAAGAAGAAAGAGUCAUCUUCAAGCUCAUAGUCAGUAAUAAUCAAGCAAUGCCGCUGGCUGAGAUGAUCAUUUGCAACUCAUUCUAUGACCUUGAGUCAGAAUCAUUCAACCUCUUUCCAAACUUAUUGCCUGUUGGACCAUUACUCACAAGCCAACAGUUUGGAAAGGCAGUUGGGCAUUUCUGGCUAGAGGAUACAACCUGCAUGAGUUGGCUGGAUCAGCAACCUGCUAACUCUGUCAUCUAUGUGGCAUUUGGGAGCAUAGCAGUCUUCAACCAGGACCAAUUCCAGGAGCUUGCACUUGGGCUUGAACUCUCUGGCCAUCCAUUCCUGUGGGUCGUAAGACACGAUCUCGCAGAUGGGAUAGAUGAUUCCUGGUUAGAUGGGUUUGGAGAUAGAGUUAAAGGCCAUGGAAAGCUGGUAGGAUGGUCUCCUCAACAGCAGGUACUGGCUCACCCUUCCAUUGCUUGCUUUUUUUCUCAUUGUGGUUGGAAUUCUACAUUGGAAGGGGUGAAGAAUGGAGUCCCUUUCCUCUGCUGGCCUUACUUCGUCGAUCAGUUCCUCAACCGGGCCUAUAUUUGUGAUGUUUGGAAGACUGGUUUGAGCAUAGAACCUGAUGACAAGGGGUUUGUUCCGAGGGAGCAGAUCAAAGAGAAGGUGGACCAAAUAUUUGGCAAUGAGGAGAUGAAGGCCCGGGCCUUAAUGUGGAAGGAUAUUGCUAAUAGGUGCACCAACGAAGGAGGGUCUUCCUACAAGAAUUUCAAGAGCUUUGUGGAUGCCGUGAAAGAAUGACCAGUCCUUUUGCUUAGUAAUAAGGCACAUGAAUCUUUUGUGUUUGCUUCAUCCAACUCAAGAUUAAAGUCUGAUGAAUGUGUUAUGUAUGGAGACAGCCAAUGAGAUGGUCAAUGUAUUUAUUGAUAUUUAAGUAUCACCCUUCUUUUUUCAUUGGGGCACAUUUUGUUUGGGACAGGGUCCUUGAGGGAAAUACUCUGAUCUGGCAAACUGCUUUGUGGGUUUGCUUUUGGUAGUCUUGAGAUACCAGUAUUGUAACUAACAAACUAGUUUAUAUUGUGGAUUGUACUUGGACCCAGAGCUCCUCCUCUGUAUUUCACCCCUUCAAUGUAAUAAGAGGUGCACAAACUUCUUUGUA